GCCCUCGGGGCCCCUUGGUAGUCAUAAAUUUUUGCUCAGGGUUAACGAUCUUUAAAAUAUCUUCUCGCUGGCCGAAUUAAAAAACAAAGAGUUUAUUUAAAAGAGUUUAUUUUGUUGAUUUAUUACAGAUCAAAAAACUUCGCGAGAAAGCUUUGUGAACUGCAUUCGUUACGGCACUGUUUAAGAUGCAGUCGAUGCAGUGUUUAUCUUUCGAUUACUGUCCAUUAUCAAAGUCCUCAUAGAUUUUCUUCGAUCUCGGACAAAUGCGUGUCCUUGAUAUCGUAAAAAAUUAUGUCGUUGGAUCAGACAGUAUGCGAAGAUCUGAAAGCUUUUGAGAGGCGACUCACUGAAGUUAUCGCUAGCCUGCAACCGGCCACCACACGAUGGAGAAUGCUGUUGGGUUUAAUGUCUAUUUGCACCGCAAUUGGGGCUUGGCAUUGGUUGACAGAUCCCAACACCUCAGCAGUAUCUUUCACACAGAGUUUAUACAAUCAUCCAUUCUUUACGAUGGCUAGUAUAAUAUUAGUGAUUUUGUUUAUGAUGGGAGUACACAGACGAGUGAUAGCACCCAGUAUUAUAACUCAACGGGCCAGAAGUGUGCUUGGUGACUUCAAUAUGAGUUGUGACGACACUGGAAAGUUGAUCCUCAAGCCGACAAGACCUCCUCAUCCUCAUGAGACUUAGAAUAUUCGUAAUAUGAUAAUAAUUAACUAAUAAAAAGUAUUUUCUUUUUGUAUUACAAAGUUGUUCCAAGAAUUAUGACGAGCCAACAAUUUAGAGCUGUAUUUUUUUAAACUUUGAGUUCUAGUGAGUUAUACAUAUGUGAUCUCCUUUUCAAUGCAUAAUUUAGACGUGAAUACGAUAUGCAACGUGUGCAAGCAUAUAUAAAAUUUUGAAAUUUUGAUUUUUUUUAGAAUGUUUUUUAAAUGAAUGCUCUCUCGUAUGUGAUUAUAUUUGAAUACUGACACUUUGAUUCUUUAGAACUGUUAUUUAUAAGAUAUCGCGAUGAAGUGUAAGGAGAUUUUAAUAAGAGAUAGCAAUAGUUGAAAUUUCAAAAAUUGUAAUUCCAAAAAUGUCUGAAAAUUUAUUUCAAGCGUCAUGAGUAAAAACUAAAAUAUUAACAAAACUUCAGGAGAUCAUAAUGAUAAUUAUCUCAUCAGAUGAGAUUUAAUUUAAAAAGGUAGUAACUAAAGUCAGGGUUGAACAUUUAUGCAUAAAAUAUAAACAAUGUGCAUUACUUUUGUAUAAUGUAAAUUAUAUACUAUAUAACGUGUCAUCUAAAUAAUAAUCUAUGGAUCGUCGAGGAUUCAUUAGAAAUAGUAGAAAUUAUUUCAUUUUUUAAAUAUAUAUUUUUAUUUCGUCAACACUAAAGUCAUAUAUUAACAAUUUUAGAACUCAAUUACUUUUUUCCGUAUUGUUUCCAAUUUGUAUUGUUUACAGAUUUGCAUAAACAUAACAUAAAUACGUAAAUGUAAAUAAUUUAAAUAGAUGUAGUCUUGAAAUUUAUGGCGCAAUCCUGACUGAAGUUUAUGAAACUGUAAUUCUCCGAAACCGCAAUGUAUAUAACGAUCAAAACAUUUAUUCGUAGUAAUAUUUUGCAAAUUACAAUUUUUACCAUUCUCAGUAUGCACAGUUUCGCAAUUUGUCUUUUCAAAAUAGUUACAUGUACAACAUUAUAAUCUAUGCGGACUACCGUUCAGUCAAAUAUUUAUGAGGAGUGGUCUCGUCAGUUCUGAAAUCGUACUAAACUACAGUAUGUAAAGUCCUUAGACACUUAAUAUUAUUGCACAAUAUUAUACUGAUCAUUUGGAGGCAAUAUUGAGGAUUUGUUUGUACAAUAUAUUAUGCAAUUUGUUUCCAUUAAAUUAUGAUCUUGUUAAUCAGGCAUUGAUAACUCUUGUCAUAAACAUUUUGUCAAACGCAAUCGCUACAUAUUUUUAAUAACAAUUAGAUAAAAUCAUAGUUAGCCAUUAAAUUCAGAAUUAAAAAAAAAAAAAACUUUGUAUUUAUGUUAAAACCGUUUUUGUUAAAAUAUUUGUAAAAUUUUACCUAUAUUAUCAUUAAAUCCCAAACAAUUUAUGCUAUGAUUAUUCUUAAAUAAUUAAAAUAAUAUAGACUGUUUCUUAUGCUGAUGCUCGAUCCUCAUCAUUUUUCGAAUUAAGAUAGAUUACGUGAUUAAAAGUAUCAUUCAAGUUUUAUUAAUCAAUGUUAGUUCUGGUAGCAUAAUCUAUUAAUAUUAAAAACAAAGGAUCACAAAUUGGCAAUUGGUACUGAAAAUAUUAUGCAAUAGUACCCACAGACAGCCUAAUAUUUUACAAAUUGCACAAUAUAUUUAAAAAAACUUUUGCUUGACACAAUGUAUUGCACAGGUCAUUAAUACAGUCUACAGAUGAUCAGUAAUAUUGUGCAAUAUUAAUGAGUAUCUAAAAAUCAUUUAUAUUGAAUUCUAAGGAAUAUUAUUGUACAAUAAUAUUGAGUGUCUAGAGACCGCUUAAUAUAUACAAUGAUAGUUACACAAUCUCUCGGAGCACUAUCUUCAAUGCAUCUGUCGAUGGAUUGCGUAUUCGAAAAAUAUUUUGUAAGAUGUCCGUAACAAUUAUAGUAGAGAUUCAAUGCACAAAGUAAAAUGUAUAAAAUACUGCACACCAUCAUUUUUUCCAAAUACGUGUGUACAUACGUGUACACCUUGUUGUGAAAGCCUUGGAAAGCCUCGGUUAAUGUAUCAAUUCUAAUUUUGUGAUUAUUUCACCAAAUAGAUUACAAACUGAAUGUUUACAAAAUGCUUUACUUUUAAGCAUUUUACAGUUUUCGUAACAAGAAAUUUGAUUAUAUGCGCCGUUUAUAUGAGAUAGAUUGUUGAUAGCAUACAAAAUAAAUUGUACAUGUCUUACA